AUGGUUGAAUCUGGCAGGCUUCUGUACAUUCGCACUCAUCAACAAAGUUUAUGGUGCGGGUCAUAUAAAGGGUUGUCUGACACUUUAACGCGUUGGGAAAUUGCACCUACAACUCAAGGUCGGCGAAUUAUAUUACCGUCUUCUUUCACUGGUGGAGCACGUUACUUGGUGCAGAAUUACCAAGAUGCAAUGGCCAUUUGUGGUUGGAUGGUGCAGAAUUACCAAGAUGCAAUGGCCAUUUGUGGUUGGAUAGGUUUUCCAAAUAAAGAUGCAAUGGCCAUUUGUGGUUGGAUAGGUUUUCCAAAUAUAUUCAUCACUUUUACGUGCAAUCCAAAGUGGCCAGAGAUAAAACGGUUUUUGGAAUGUAGAAAUUUGAAUCCCGAAGAUCGUCCAGAUAUUUUGUGCCAUGUAUUUAAGAUGAAAUUAGAUGCUCUUAUUAAAGAAAUUCGAUCAGGCAUUGUUUUUGGAAAAAAUUGUUGCAGGGUUGUUGUUCUAAGCAUUUCCCAAAAGAAAUUUAUGGAUAAAUCGAUUAUUUAUUGCAAUGGAUAUCUUCUUUACAAGCGACGAGAUAAUGGUAACACAGUUUUGAAAGGUGGUGUUGAGUUGGAUAACAGAUAUGUUGUGCCGCAUAACAGGGUCACAGCCCAAUUCUAUAAGACUGCUGAGUCAACAGAUAAGGAUCAAGUCAUAGAUGAGAUUAAUAUGUACUACGAUUAUCGUUAUAUUUGUCCUUGUGAAGCUGCAUGGCGUCUGUUUGCUUAUGACAUUCGAUUCCAAAAUCCUGCAGUUGAGCGUUUGAGUUUCCAUCUGCCAAAUGAACAAAGUAUUGUGUUUGAUGAUGAUGCUUCUGUGUUAGAUGUACUCCAAAGAGAUACAAUUAAGAACAAUAAGUUCCUAGCUUGGUUUGAAGCUAAUAAGAAAUAUCCCAAUGCUCGAAAGUUGACCUAUAGGGAAAUGCCAAUCCAUUUUGUAUGGAAGCGGAAAGAACGCGAGUGUUUUGAAGAUCUGUGUAUAUUUAAUGGUACCCAGUAUACGAGUUUUCGUGAUGCAUGCUAUGCGCGUGGGUUGAUUUAUGAUAAGAAAGAAUAUAUUGAUGCAAUAUUAGUAGCUAGCCAGUGGUCAACUGCUAAUGCAUUACGCCGCUUAUUUGUUACAUUGCUUACGUCGAAAUCGAUUAGCCAUCCAGAAAAUGUAUGGAAUGCAACUUGGCAGUAUCUAUAUGUCUGUAUGACAGAUCAGAGAAAAAUAUUGUACGGUCUGAUGGAGGUCGAGAAACUUCUGUCUAUGUGGAAUCAAAGUUUGAAGGACUACCCCCAUAUGCCAAUACCUGAUUGGUCUCAAAUUGAAACUUUGCAAAAUCGGUUGAUUUUGGAAGAACUGUCAUAUGACUUAGAUCAAUUGCGCAAGGAACAUGACUUGAUGGUUGUAAAACUUACUGAUGAGCACCGACAUGUCUACGAUCAGGUUUUGACUGUUGUGUUUAGUGUUAAUGGAGGAUUUUUCUUUGUCUACGGUUGCGGUGGUACGGGUAAAACAUUUGUUUGGCGCACACUGUUUGUUGAUCUACGUUUAGAGUGGAAGAUUGUACUGAAUGUAGCCUCCAGUGGAAUUGCUUCGCUGUUAAUGCCUGGGGGUCGAACAACACAUUCUCGGUUUGCCAUUCCAAUUAUUGUCAAUGAGGAUUCUACGUGCAAUAUUUCACAAGGAAGUGAUCUGGCAGAGCUUAUUAUUAAAUGCAGCUUGAUUAUUUGGGAUGAGGCUCCAUGA